AUGCGCGCCUUCAGCCGAGUUCCCGUUGCCCGCGCCUUGCCCACCUCCACCACCCUCACAAGCCGCGCCCUCUACACCACAUACCGCGCCUCGGUGCCCGCCCUCGGCCCCCUCGAGUCUCGUCGGGGCCGCGUAGAGAACGCUGGCAUCAAUGACCCCGCCCUGAACCCCCUCAAGGAGGCUGUGAGCGAGAAGACCGACCAGGCCAAGAACGCGUUCAAGAGUGCGGCCCACGCGGCUGGCGCUGACGAUGCCCUGAACCGAGCGAGCGAUGCCGCGAGCGGGAUGGGCGAGAAGAUCAAGAAGGCGGCCCACGACAUGGAGGACAAGGCCAUGGCGCCCGAGGUGAGGAAGUACCCCGUCGAGUUCUCGAUGGCCACCGGCGGUGCCGUCGUGGGCGUGGGCCUCAUGCUCUGGUGGAUGUACAUGUACAUGCGCCCCCAGCACUCCAUCGAGAACGAGACAGCGCGCACCGGCGGUCAGGGCGUGGAGGAUGCCAAGAAGAUCGUCGAAUCCCAGAAGGCCUCAACCAAGAAGAUGGUGUAA